CCCCCCCCCCCCCAAACAAACAAACAAACUGGCAGAAUUCACCAUUGUAUUUUCCCACGAGCUCUCCAUCUGAGCCGUGGUGGGGAGUGAGAACCAGUAGCUGAGGAAAGGAAAAGGGAAACCCGGUAGCGGCAAUGGCGAUUGGCAGGUCUCGCUCGCACGCGGUCCUCUCCGCCUUCGUCACCGUACACCCGCAAGAGACCUCUGCGCUCAUCCACUCUUCCUCCUGCUUCUUCUGCAUUUUGAGCGCGUACUUCGUGGUGCUUCCGCUGCGUGAUGAAGGGGCAAUCUCUCUGGGGCUGUCGAAUCUCCCGGGUCUGUUUGUCGGGUCCUUGGUGCUCACCCUGAUCGCCGCCCCGGUUUCCACCCUAAUCUUUUCCUUGCCCAAUCUCUCUAAACGCAAGGCCUUGGUUUUGAUACACAGGUUUUUCAGUAUAUCAUUGGUUAUAUUCUUUCUGCUAUGGAAUUCUUCUUCUCCUGGAUUUUCAUCUCAAAUGAAGGGAUUAGCCGUUUCUAAUUCUUCCUCAAUAAAGACGGAUCUAAAAGUCGAUGUUGAUCAUGCUAGUCCAUCGUCGUCACUUAGUGGCCAAAACUAUGGAUGGUUUUACAUAUCUGUUAGAAUGGGAUUUUUCCUUUGGGUUGCUUUGCUCAAUCUUAUCACUAUUUCAUCAACAUGGGCAAGAGUGAUUGAUGUGAUGGACAAUGAGUCAGGUUCGAGACUCUUCGGCUUCAUUGGUGCUGGCGCUACAUUGGGCCAGCUUUUUGGGUCCCUGUUUGCUACAUUAAUGGCUUGGGUAGGGCCAUAUCUACUUCUAUUGGCUGCUCUCUUGUUGGAACUUGCUGCACAAUCAUCGAGGGGGAUCAACCAAGAGUUACCUCAUCUUCCUGAAGAAUUAGCUCCAAUCAUUGAAGGUGAUGCUGAUCAACAAAAGGAUGCAGAUGGGCAAGCACCACCUGGCACGAAAAUGCCUUCUCCCAAAUCACCAGCCCGUGAGUCAAAGCCUCAAAUUUGGGCCAUCUUAGACGGACUAUGGCUUAUUAUGUCCUCCACCUACCUGAUAUAUGUGUCACUAUUCCUCUGGCUGAGUGCGGUUGUUUCGUCAUUCUUUUAUUUCCAGAAAGUUACUGUGAUAGCAAAUGCUGUAAUAAGCUCCACCGACCGGAGAAGAUUAUUUGCCCAGAUAAAUAGCUUCAUCGCCGUAUUUAUACUUGCCGGGCAACUGACUUUAACAGGUCGAAUUCUUGCUGUUGCUGGGGUCACCAUGGCUAUUUGCUCUGCUCCCUUUGUUGCAUUGUUGAACUUGGUGGCUGUUGCACUUUGGCCCACGUGGGUAGCAGUUGCUGUCUCUGAGACCCUUAGAAAGGUUGUCACAUAUGUUGUUACAAGGCCGGGAAGAGAGCUUCUAUUUACUGUUGUUUCACAGGAUGAGAAGUACAAAGCUAAGGUUUGCAUAGAUGUCAUUGUCCAGAGACUCGGUGAUGCUACUGCAGCUGGGAUGUUUAAAUUACUCUUCAGUUCUUUCAAUGGAAAAAUUUCAGCAGUUUCCCUUUACGCCUUGCCGGUUUGCUUAAUGUGGAUAAUCACGGCAUUUCAUUUAGGACGUCGACAAGAACAGCUAGCAAGACUCAAGAAUGCUACAAGUUCCUAAUUCGCCGUUUACACUAGGGGUCAUUUGUGACCCAUCAAUGAUGGAUAUACAUCAAGAAAAUGUAACAUAUAGAAACGAUUUAUUUCAUGCAAGGAUCACAUGAGCACAUUAGAUCAAAAUUUUGUAUUUUCAAUUCAACCAACAAGUAAUUGCUGCUA